GGCCCUUUCAUGUAUUUGAUAUGAAUGAGUUUAUGAAAAUAGAUUGGUGUUGCGAUCCACUUCCAAACUAAAUGAGCAUUGUUCCAACCCUUUGACAGAAAGCAAAGAUAGACAGUGGAAGAUCCUCAUCAAGGAGCUCUUCCAGAAUGAACAGUGGCAGAACAUCAUCAAGAACAGGCAAUAAAGCCAACUGGAUCCACAAGAGCUCUCCGGAUCAAGUCAAGAAAAUUGAACUGCUAAGGGAGCUUGACCAGCUCGAGAAAAAGAUUGCUGCUCUAGAAAGAGAAAAACAAGCACAUGUCUACAGCAAGCGGAGUGAGUUUAGACAAGACUACCUUCCUUUGGAAGAAUUGGAAUCCAAGACAGUCAACGACAGGAAAAAUGAAAAGGUGAAAGUCAGAGGGCAGCUGGAAAAGAUGAGGAGUACCGUGGAUAAAUUCCAACACCAGCUACAGAAUGUGAAACCUACCCCAGAAUUUGUAGAGAAGCUAAAGGAGACAAUGGAGGAUAUUGAGAGUGUCAUCAACUCUUUCAAGGAUCAACAGAGAACAAUUUACGAAGAACUGAUGAAAGAAGAGAAGACGUUAUGGCAAGAGGUAUCCGCUCUCGAAAAGAGGUUUGAAUCCUGGGCCCAAGCGCCCCCAAUAACCAUCCCCAUGCCCACCAAGGCAUCGUCCAAACCACAGCCAGUGUCGUCGGCACGUAAUGCUGUGGCUUCCAUGCCUCCUGAGGUGGCAGCUUUUGAGCGUUUUUUGCAGCAAACGGGAGGUCACAGAGGCGGCUGGGAUGAGUACGAUCACAGUACAUUCAUGAAGAUCAGAAUUAAAUUCAAGGGAAGACCAGCAUUCAUGGAUGAAGCAGCCGUGUCUCUGCCCGGUAGAGAUAUGAUCGACGUUAAAUGCCAUGAGAACUGGUAUCAAGAAUACAGUACUCUCCUUCAGCGCAAGAAGGACGCUAUUCAGAAAUGGAGACUUGUGAAAGAAGCUCAGAAAGAUGAACUGAUGUCCAACGUGGGAAAGGAGGAUGAGGAAGAGAGCGAGGUGGCACAGAGGAAAGCAGAACUCAAAGCUAAGAGGCUGGAAGAAGAAAAAAGGGAGAAAUAUGAAAAACUCAAUGCUUGGAAAGUGCAAAAGGAAUUAGAGAAAGCUGAAGAGGAAGAGCGGAAAUUGGAAGAAGAAUACAAGAAAGCGAGGAAACAAGAGCAGGAGAGACAACGAAAGAUGGAGGAGAAAGCCAAGGUUCAGAUGCACAUCCAGCAGAGGAAAGAAGAAGACCUGCUUCGUCAGAUGGAAGAGGAGAGGAGACGAGAGGCGGAGAGUGAAGAAAAGAGGAGGAUCGCUGCCCAGGAGAGGGUCCGCUUCCUAGAAAGAGACAAGCGACAGAUGGAAGAGAGAUUGGCCAAGGAGAAGGCCAAGGAGGAGGAAGAGAGGAGAAAGAAAGAGAGACUACAGAGAAUCAAGGGCCAGGUUGAAGUGCAAGCCAAGCGUGAUCCUACCAGACUCUAUCAACUCACAGCCGGAUGGAAAGAGAGAAAGAAAGAUACCACUGCUACAGGAAAUGGACCAGUCCUUCAUAUACCGCACAGAGCUGUGCCAUCCUGGAGGGGCGGGCCAUCUUGAUUGUUUCCCAAGAGUAGCAUGGAUCGUCAGUGUUUCUAUGUCCUGUGCAAACCUUCUACCUGAUAUCGGCUCAUCUCAGAGUUUCCAUGAGGUUACUUCAGGUUUCACGACUCUUGGACAUUUUCCCCCGGGGGGGCCACUUACAUUGACGAGUGGAUACCAUGCGCGACCCCAAAAACACGUAGAAAGGAUGUCUUUUUCAAGAUAUGCAUUGCGUAUGUAGCGUGAUAAAGGUGUCAAAAA